AUGGCCGCAUCCUUGACAUCUCUGCUCGCGCGCGCCAGCAUAGACGACCACUCCGAGGCCCUCUCGAUCGCUGACGCCGCCCUUGCAUCGUCCAAGUCCGACCUGACUGCCCAGCACACCAAGGUCGUCGCCCUGCUGCGGCUCGAUCAGUAUGACGAUGCCCUCCGCGUCAUCGCCGCCGCCGGGAGCGCCCUCGAGGACCGCUGCAUUCUUGAGAAGACAUAUGCCCUGUACAAGACGGGUGCCCUGGACGAUGCCGCUUCCUUGCUCGAGGGCCGCGAUCUCUCCAACGCCGAGCGACCACUGAAGCACGUCGCUGCGCAGAUCGCCUAUAGAACCGAGCGAUUCAGCCAGGCUGCCGAGCUGUACUCGCUGCUGAGGGAGGAUGACAGCACCGCGGUACUAGGCGAGGACACAGACCUCGUCAUCAACCAGCUGGCCACGCAUGCGCAGCUUGAAUGGCAGGGCCGGGGGGACUUGGUGCCGGACAAGAGCAAGCAGCCCAAGAGGGAGGACAUGGAAGCCUUCGAGACUGCGUACAAUGCUGGGUGUGGCUGCGUCGCGAGGGGGGACUUGGCAAAGGCAUCAAUCCUGCUCAAGAGGGCUGCUGAUCUCUGCGACGCAGCAGAGGACCUGAGCGAGGAGGACAAGAAGACUGAGUUGCUGCCCAUCAAACUGCAGCAGGCUUAUGUAUUUUCGCUACUGGGCAAGACGGAAGAGGCGGCAGCUCUACAAAAGGAAAUCGAGGGCUACGAAACCUCUGAUCUGUCCAUCAAAGCUGCAGCGGGUUGGAACUCGCUGAUUGCGAAGUCCCUUGCUAACCAGUACAUGGUUCAAAGACUCUCUGAGCUGGUACCUGAAGCAAUGGUCGGCAACGACAGACUCUUCAACCACCAAGCCGUGGGCGUGACGCGCAACCAGCACGCAAAUGCAUUGCAAUGUUACAAGCAGAACGAGGUAAAGGACAAGACCGCCGGGCUCCUGAAAGAAGACUCUGUACCUUCGAUAGAUCUGGAUCGGGUAUACGCUGGAUACUUCAACGCAGCAGCGCAAGCCAAGUGUCAAACAGAUAAAGCUGCGUUGAAGAAGAUCCUCGCUGUUCUCGAGAAGCGACCCUACGACGUCGGCCUUCUGCUCACAGUCAUACAUCUCUACAUCCAAGCCAAGAACUACGACAGCGCAAUCGACGUGCUCCAGAAAUUCUUCAAGUACGUCGAAUCGGCAGGCACUGCCGACCACGAGGAUGUGAGGUACGCACCGGGGCUUGUUGCUCUAGCCGUAGCUCUCUACCGCACGCAGAAUCGCCGGAAAGACAUUCGGAAUGAGUUGGGCCGGGCGGCAGCAUAUUGGCAGAAGAUACCCAAGAACUCCUCCACGACUCUGCUCCGCGAAGCAGGAAUAGAGCUCCUCCACUCAUCCAAGCCAUCCGACCUUGCGACUGCUGGUGCCGCUUUUGAGCGCAUGGUCGAUCAGGAUGCAGAGGAUAGGAUUGCGCAGGCAGGACUCGUCGCGUCGUUCGCGACGACCGACUACUCCAAGGUUGAACCACACCUCUCAUCGCUGAGCUCUGUCGAGGAACUUACCUCCGGAAUCGACGUUUCCGCCCUUCUUGAUGCUGGAGUGCCCAGCUUUGCUGCCCCCCAACAGCCAUCCAAGAAGCGAAAAGCCAACGAAGUCGAAGCUGGGACCGGAGCACAACCAUCAUCUGACAAGCCGAAGAAAAAGCCCCGUCUGGGCAAGAAUUACGAUCCUAACGUCAAGCCUGAUCCGGAGCGGUGGCUGCCCAUGCGUGAUCGGUCAUACUACAAGCCCAAGGGCAGGAAGGGCAAGAAGCGGGCCGCUGAGUCGACACAGGGUGGCGCGGUCGCCAACGAGGCCGAGACGCUGAACCUUGCUGGUGGUGCUGGACAGAUCAAAGUCGAAAAGGCGCCUCAGGGAGGCGGUGGUGGCGGGAAGAAGGGCAAGAAGGGAAGGAAGGGCUAG